AGCUGCCCAGUAACACAAGGUUUUUAUAUGUAUGAGUCCAUGGUAGAAGUGGCUGCCCCCCCCCCUGCAGUCUGGUCCUGGGCCGGGAUGGUAACUUUCCGAUCCUUAUCUCGUGUCGUUCGUCUCCACGGCAAUGCCUGCAAGAGGAGGAUAGCGCCAGCCGAUUUUCUGCGUACAAAGAUCAAGGACAACCACCGGCUCCACAACACAUCCUUCUCUGAUUAGCAAAUGGGCAACACUUUAUCCGUUGAUUAAAUAUAUAAGGUCAUAUUUAAGCAAAUAAGGAAAGUGCAAUAAAAGUAAAAUAGUCUUCAAUAUCUAACUGAUUGACUUAAAAUGUAAUGUUUUUAUGACAAAAAAUGCUUAGCUUUUUGCUGUUAUGAUGAUAGUGCUUCACAGCGUAUUUUGGGAAAAGUGAACAUGUCACGGAAAUCGGGCCCUGGGUAAUAUGCAAGGUUUCUUGGUAGUCACGGUGUUAUGUCUUUCCUUUGCACUUAGCCUUUUUUGGCUUACCAAAUCGAAUUACAAAAUCCUUCAUGUUACCAGGACUGAAAAAAAUAUCAAGCUCACACGACUAGUUUUAAUUCUACAUGCCAAAAUUUGAGGAAAAAUCCCGUCAUAAUCCAACCUGUAAACCAUGUCCUUCACGCAUUUUGGGAGUACAAAGAUGGCGGCCAACGAGCGAUUGUUGGCGGGCAAUACUUCCGGUGGCCGGAAACAGCUAACAUUCCGCUACGUUUUCCUCACAUCUUUAUAUUGAAACACUCCAAUUGUAUGGCGUAGUUUGUAAUUGUUAAAAAGGAUCAAAAUUAUUUUUUUCCAAAAAACGAGGGCAAAAUGUGUGCUGACGUAAUGUCCGUCCUUCCAUUAAGUGUCUGGAUAGGCCACUAGGGGGGAGUCGUGAAUCUUCGUUCUCUUCCACUACUGUACAACGCAUUCAGUGCCCGCCAGACUUGUCGGAGGAGCAUUUAUACUGCACGAAAACGCCAGGAAACGCGAUGAGUUUCGACGUGAAGAAACUGAAAGUAAACGAAUUGAGGGACGAGCUCCAGCGCCGCGGCCUCGAUGCGAAAGGCCUGAAGGCGGAGCUGGUGGAGCGGCUCAAGGCGGCGAUGGAAGAGGAAGCGCUGGCGGAGUCGCCUGGCGGAGUAGGAGGCGAGGAGCAGGGCGACGAUGACUUCCCGGAUGAUGAGGACGAAGCGCAAGAGCAACAAGAUUCCUUUGCUGAAGGCAAUGGCGAUGCACUUUUUGAGGACGACGAAGGCAGAGAUUCGGGCGGCUACUAUGAGGAAGAAGAGGCUGAGCCAGAUAGUGAAUGCAAGCUGCCAUACGAGAGUCAGCCAGCAUCAGAUUCUGGCCACAGCAUGCCAGACUUCGCCGCCGAUCCAAGCCUUGACCAAACCGCUACCGUUGCAGAGGCUGUCGUCAAACCUGAACCAAAGGAGGAGGGAAAUGUUGAUGUCAAACAAGAAAUAAAAGAAGAGAUUAAAAUCGAGGACGUCCCAGAGGCGGCUGGCGACGCUGUGCGAGUUGACCAAAAACACGGACAAGAAGGUGGAAGUUUGGGAGAACAGAUGGAGUCCGAAAGAAGCGGACACCAUGGCCGAAAGCGACCACAUGAGGAGAGCAGGGGCUACAACUACUAUGAGCAUCGUGAGGAGAAGAGCUCUACUACUAUGGUGGCCCACAAGUAUCCUGCAUCUUCGAAGGUGUCUGGUCGUGUGCCUAAGCGCCACAGGAAGAUGCUGACCAUUCAGCAGAAGAUACAACUCCUGGAUAUACUUCAGGAAGGAUGGAGUUAUGCAGCCGUAGCUCGCCAUUACGGUUUAAACGAAUCAACGAUACGCUGCAUCAAAAAAGAUGAAAAGAAAAUAAGAACCACUGCAUCAGUUUCCUUCAACCUAUCAGCAAAAAGGCUGGCAACCUCUCAAAACCAAGUCAUUGUUCGGAUGGAAUCUGCGUUGGCCCUUUGGAUCACAGACUGCAGGAAGAAAAAUAUUCAUUUCGACAUGAACAUCAGAGAGAGAGCACAGCAGCUCUACGCCAUGUUUGCAAAUGCGGAUGAUGUUUGCAAAGAACAUGGACGGUCUAAAGAAUCUAAAGCCAGCCCCACUAAAUUUGUGGCCAGUAAGGGUUGGUUUGUUAGAUUUACAAAUCGCUUCAAUCUCAAGAACCUUUCACUGCAUGGUGAAGCCGCUGCAUCCAUGGUUCAGAAAGCAGACAAGUACACAGAGACUUUCAUGACUAUUGUCAAAGGGGGAGGUUACAAGCCAGAACAAGUCUUCAACAUGGAUGAAACUGGCUUGUAUUGGAAGAGAGUGCCUUCUUAUUCGUUCAUCACGAAUGAGGAAGUGGGAGGCUCUGAAUUCAAAGCUCAAAAAGAAAGAUUGUGUCUGAUAAUGUGUGGCAAUGCUGCUGGCCACAUGAUAAAGCCAGGACUAAUUUAUAAGUACAAGAAUCCCAGGGAACUAAAGACCAAAACUAAAAAGCUGCUGCCAGUUUAUUGGAUGCAUAGCUCCAAGGCUUUCAUUUCUAAAGUCCUCGUUUGUAAAUGGUUCCGCCAAUGCUUCAUUCCGGCAGUGAAGUUGUACUUUGCUGAGAUGGGGCUACAAUUCAAGGUGCUGUUGCUGAUUGACAAUGCAGAGGGCCAUGCGCUGGACUUAUCCUACGAAGGUGUGCGGAUAGAGUUCCUCCCGCGACGCACAUCACUGAUUCAACCAAUGGCUCAAGGCGUCAUGCGUGCAUUCAAGGCUCUGUACACACGAAACCUCCUAGAGCACCUCGUGGAAGCAAUGGAUUAUGAUGAAAACGUAACAUUUAAGGUGUGUUGGCGUGAUUACACAAUUGCUUCGUGUCUUCAAAAUAUCCAAAAGUCUGUGAAGGAGAUAAAAAAGAAAACAGUAAAUUCUUGUUGGAAAAAGCUCUGGCCUAAUUGUGUCCAGGACUAUGAAGGUUUCUCUCCUGAUGAGAUUUGUAAUAUGGCUGUAGAUGAGUCUGUGAAACUGGCUAAGCUGCUAGGAGAAGGCUUCGAUGACAUGACUUAUGAGAACAUCAAUGACCUGGUCGAUGCGCACUCAGGUCCACUGUCAGACGAAGACUUGAUUGAACUCACAAAUGAUCCAAGCGAGGAGGAGGAAGACAAGGCUCCAGAAGAGGAAGUCGACUCCAUUCUAUCACUUGAACGGCUGGCAACAAUGGUGAGAGUGGCUAAACAACUGCAGAGAAUGGCAGAAGAUUGGGAUCCCCAAAUGUCCCGGGCAUUACAGUUUCAAAACUCCAUUGACGGAGCUAUUGAAGUCUAUAAAAACCUUGCAGAGAAGAGUACCUGCAACAGUUUUCAUUAAUUCAAAGAAAGACAAAAGACAGGUCGAUACCUUCAGCAGAAAUUUCAAAUCUAGUAACAACAGGGGUACCCCCUCUAAAGAGAUGCCUGAUGAAGAAUGUGAAGCUACUGAGCUGUACAUUUAUGUACUCCUUGUCAUCGGUUUAGUCACUACAGUCAAUUAAUCUUCACUGAAGUUAGGGAUUUAAAAAAAUAAAAAUAAAAAUUCUCAAAGGGAAAUUCAACUCCCACUCAGAUAUAUAAAUGAAUUUGCAAACAUCACGCUGAACCAGAUCUCACACGUAUCUGCAAAUUCAUUGUGAAGCUCCACAGAAAAUUGUGUUACAGUGUACCACUUGAGCCAGGUUGGUGUGGACAAUGCUUUGCUCAAGGGCACUCGGCAAGCAGAAAGGUGUCUCUCCAACAAUUACCUUGAAUUUUUGUAUUUUUACAUUCUUGUCAUACGUCAUACUCAAGUCCUGGUAAGGACCGCACCUUAGUCACACUAUAUAUCCACAAUGGAUAUAUAUGUACAUUGUGAAAUUAGGUCGUCACACAAUUUAUUUUCAUACCUUGUUUCCAGUGAUUGUAACAUGGCAGUAAAAUGGCUCAAACGUAACAGAAAACUCAUUCUUUAUUCAUCCUCCUGUUCAUUGAAACCACUACUUGUCGUCUUCAGUAUCUGAGUUGGAGAGCCUCAGAAAGUCUCUGUCACACUGUUUCAGUCUUUGUCGCACUUAGUCAUUUUUAUCUUGAGUUACUGUUGAAGUUGUGCUAUUCCCCUCACUUAGCAGUCCAUCUUUUCAAAAUCCAUUUAUUGUAGAUUCUUUCACACUGAUCCGCACGUUUGAGUUCCACUUGCAGACCUCAGAAAAGGAUGAGCUUCUUGUACAACGAGUUUUUGUGAAAUAUUUCUCCCCUGUCCUCAUUCAUACUUUCAACUCAGCAGAGUGUCGCUUGUAAAGCAUGAUUCACACUGAAGUUCAGUGGCUGAAAAAGGUUGUGCCUCCUGUAAUCACAGCUGGAAUUGAGUUUGAUCUCUUGAUGGCUCUUUUUAUAGAAUCUGUUGUAUGGGCCCUCAUCCAAAACAAGCAAUGCUUUUUUUUUUGGGUGGGAAAAUAAUUCUCCUAUCUACUGUUACCGAGCAGUCUUUUUUUUUUUU